AUGGCUGCUACGCGUCGACACGCUUCACUGCAGAUUUUUCAGGACUCCAUCCACCCACAGGACCAUCACGAGGUCGCAGCCUUCGACCCGCAGUACCUGGACGCAUUCCCACCCGUCACCGACGUGUCAAACCACUCCCACACCCUACUGGCACCGCCGCAGGCCUUCGCACAGGAUCGCUCACCGCGAAAGACACGCCACGUCUCUAGCUCUCCUCCACCCAGCGCCCUUGCCGAAAGGGACCUCAACUCAGUAUCUCUACCACCACCCCGAGAGCCGCAAUUCGAGACCGACGCGCCCAUGAAGAAGGCUCCUAGGCCAUAUGGCGGUCAGGCUCACGUCAUGGCCCCCAAUCCAAACUUCUUUGCCAGCUUCCCAGGCCACAUGGACAAAGAGAACGUAUACGCGUUGCCGGAAACAUCACUACCCAAGCUCGCUGCCUCAGAGCCGCCAGUCAAGUCUGUGAACAAGAGGCCACUCGGGGACGCAGCCCAACCCCGAGACCGAAGCAAGAAGCCGAAGAUACGGGAAGCACGCUUGGUAGAGGAAGAUGGCCCACUCCCUGGACCCGACGAGAUGCCUGCAGUGGACGAUGAUGGACUGAAGCCGCCGUACAGCUAUGCACAGCUCAUCGGAAUGGCCAUUCUGCGCGCGCCCAAACGUCAAUUGACACUCGCCCAGAUCUACAAGUGGAUCUCAGACACAUUUGCCUUCUAUCGCAACUCGCAGGACACCGGUUGGCAAAACAGCAUCCGUCACAAUCUGUCCCUCAGCAAGAGCUUCAAUAAGAUGGAGCGUCCCAAGGACGACCCAGGAAAAGGCCACUACUGGGUCAUCAACGAGGGCUUCGAGAAGCAGUACCACAAGGUCAGGACGACUCGCAGGCCAACUAACCCAGACGGGUUUACUCCGGUCUACCCUAACGAGAUGGCACGCCCAACGACGUCAGCGUCCGCGAGCUUUCCUCCCUUGAGCUCGAGCAAAGGCUUUGACUCCAGCAAAUUCCCCGAGGAGACGGAGCUGUCCUCCGACGCCACGAUUCCUUGCUCGGAUCCCGCUGCACACGACGGCCAUGAUCCCGCUACCAUGCUUCCGCCGCGUCGGCUACCGUCGUCGCCGCCUCCAGCCGAUAUUCGUUCGUCGCCACCAGCACCUGUCUCGCGGUCCUUACGCGACGACACACCACCCCGCGCGCCACGCUUUCCUCCCAGCAGCCGUUCUGGUGGACGAAAGCGCAAGUUUGGUGACAGCGGAUAUUACUCCUCGAUUGAGUCCUCCGCGAUCAAGCUUGGACCUGCACAGACCUCCGAAGCCGAUCUCGAUCGCCCUUCUAUCAAGCGAGGCCGGGCCGAAGAGGAGAUUGCGCGCAUCCGUGGAUCAUCGUACGAUUCACCGACCAAACUGAGGCCUCACGUGAAACAGCCCAGUGGUCACUCGCUUAUCUCGUCGCCAUCGCGCCCAACCGGCAAGGUCGUCGACCCACUGACGCCCGCUAUUGUCUUCAAACGACCGGCCCUCCCUCCGGCAUCUGCGUCGCCUAAUACCAACCUUCGCAAUCACAGAAACAAGAUGCGUGAGCUCGUAGGUGGGUCUCCGGACAAGAGCCUUGCCACCUGGGUUGACACGUCCUUCUUGGACUUUAAGUCAUGGAGCCCGGCUGUCAACGUGCCAAACGAGGAGAACGUCAACCUAGUUGGCCAUGGUUUCGAGAGCACCUUUGACAUCUUCGGUGAUUUUGACUACCAGGAGAGCCCUCUCAAGAAGAGCGCCAAACGUCCGCGUCUUGAACGUGCUGCCACAUCCACUGGCGCUCUGGCUGACAUAACGGGCACAAAAUCCAACUUCAAUCUCACCAAGUCUCCUACACCCAACUGGAAGCUCUCAUCUGCGUUCCUCAACAUCCCUAAUCUCUCUCCUACACGCGGUGCCUCCCCACUUAAGGCGCCGUUGCUGAAGCCUCCGACCUCUACUCCUCUGCCAGACUUCAACUUCCCUACCCUUGAUCAGGAGAACGCCCAUACGGGCUUCACUCCACUGAAGUCCCUUGGUGGGAUGUCCGAGGCACCGAACGAAGAAGAGGACUUCUCCCAUCUCUUGCAUAGUGACGAGUCUGAGCCUGGCAUCGACCUCUUGCAAGGCUUCGCAAAGAUUGGCGCAAGGGUCUCCUCGUCUGCGGUUGCUCCCAAUGGUUCGCCCCAGAAGAAGGCAGCAACAAGACCCGGUCUUGCUCGCAGCGCCACCACGAGGUUCUAG